AUGAAUCAGAAGCACGAGGAUGUACAUACUCCGGGUGUGGCUGCGUCAAGCUCCCGCAAAAUUGUCAUUGUCAUUGUCUCCGAGCGGCAUAAAUCCGAGCACUGUACUCAGCCUUCUUCUCAUCAACGCAAGCAGGUGAUCUUCCUCACAGAAAAGCCUUGCCUGGAUGAUCGACGAUCUAGGAUCCUCAGCGCAACACCGCCAUUCCUCGCGAGCGCUGCUCGCUUCCGACGUUUCUGCGGCCCCCGUACUGUGGUCGGCGUGGACAAAGGCGCGAUGCUGGCGCACGCGCCCUCGCUUCGGGGAAUGCCAAAGCCCGAUCUGGAGAUCAUGGUACUAUACGAUGUGCUCUCGCAUAAAGCCUGA